CCGAUAGGUUCUCUACUAUUAGACGUUUCUGGAAGGAAGGAGCAAGCAGCAAGCCCUACCCCCAACCCUAACCCUAACUUCGAAGCCUCAUCUUUAUCUGCUUCAUCCUUCAGAUUUAUUCACAACUGUUGACUAUUACUGGAUUCGGGGUAGAUUGCUGCUACGCUGUUUCUCCUCUUUCACAUAUAAGAUGCACUUCCGGUCAUCAUUCUACCAAAAUGCAGUUUUUGAGUUGGUUAUUGAAUACAAAUGGACACCAAACGGUUCAUCCAGCUGGUUGAGGAGAAGAAGAAGAAAAUUAUGGAGAGAAAGGAAGCUCCUUUGAAGUGGGAGCAAAAGCUGGAAGCUGCCUCAAAGGCCAAGGCCGAUGCUGAAGCUAAAGAGAGGAAGCUGAAGGCUGCAAAGCAUAAAAGGAGGUCAGGCUCUGAUAAUGACAAUGAUUAUGACACUGAUGAUGAGAAUAGAAGGACGAGUAAAAGAUCUCAUAGGAAGAACAAGAAGCAUUCUCACUAUGACUCUGGUGACCAUGAGAAAAGGAGAGGAAGAAGUUCCAAAAGAAAAACAAAGAAAUGGUCCUCAGAAUCUAGUGAUUUUAGCAGUGAUGAAUCUGACAGUAGCUCUGAGGAGAGGAGAAGGAAGAAGAAGCAAAGCAAGAAGCUGAGAGAUCAAAGUUCAAGAUCAGAUUCCAGUGAUUCUGAUUCUUGUGCUGAUGAAAUCAGCAAGAAGAAAAGGCAGCAUAAAAGACAUCGUCCAUCAAAAUUUAGUGAAUCAGACUUCUCAAGUGAUGAACGUCGGAAAAGAAGUCAUGGAAAGCAUAACAAACGCCAUCGACAAUCAGAAUCUAGUGAAUCUUACUUGUCAAGUGAUGAAAGUGAUGGUGCUCCCCGCAAAAAGGGCCACAAAAGGCACCAUAAACAUCACAAGCGAUCACAUAAUGUGGAAUUGAGGUCAUCUGAUUCUGAUUACUACAGUCAUGGUCGAAGAAGCAGAUCAUUAGGGAAGUCUUCAGAUGAAACUUCGGAAGAUGAAAGUAGAUCAAUGCAUAAGAAGUCUGGUCGCCAUCACCAUCAUCAUCAUCAUCGUCACCAUCAUCAUCACCACAAACAUAGACACCACUUGGAUGAGGAGAGAAAUCACUUGGACCAGCAUUCUCCAAAAAUCAAUGGGAAGCAUGAGGAGGAGUUGGACAGAACUGAACCUGGGAAAAAUGAUGGUGGUCAUCAUGAAAAUAGAGCUAUGGUUGAGAAUAAUGAUGGUCAGAUUGUUUGAUUUUUCAUAAUCUGUUCUGUUAUCUGUUUGUCAUUGUUCUAUACUGGAAUUGGCUGUUGACAAUCCCAUAUUCAAAUUUAAGUGGAGCAAUUUUAUUAUUUGUCUGAUGUAAUAUCGUCGGCAGAUUAACUGUGGAAACUUUGCUUGGGUUAUUGUUGGCUAAUGGCAUUAAUUUGAUCCUUAUUCAGCUAUAAGCAAUUGCAUCUGAAGGUUAUAAAAUAUUUUUGAGGGCUCAUGAGGGAUUCUAUUUUCGUUGUUUUUGGUUUUGCUACUGCCCAAGUAAGUUUUGGAUGCUGAUCAAUUGCUUAUUUGUUGGUUACUCUGUUCGGUCAACAGUAGUGUAUUGCAAGGAUGUGUGAAUAUUGUGUGCAAUCGGAAAUAAUACUUGGGAAAUGCUAAUAUUGCUGCAGAUUCAUAGCCAAUGACACGCUAUUAAUCAAUUUUUGGGGGUGUGUGCGUGGGUGGGGACAACAGUCGUAAGCAAUCCAACAGCCAACAGGUGUAUAUUUGCUUUGAAAGACGUUCGGGGUCCGGAUGGUUGUGGGCAGAUUUUGUUAGAUGAUCUCACUGGAAUUGUCUUUCGCGUACCCGAAGUCUUUCUUUCUCUUGAUUUAAAAAAACCAGCUCGAACCUCGUCAAAUUUAUUACACUAGUAGACACACAUUGUCUGUUAGUUCUUAGAAGCUAUCAUUUUCAAGAAGUCAUCAAAUCGCAGAGCGGGCAGGUGAAUAAAGACAUUAGAAUUGUGAGAGAGAAGGAGAAUUAAUCUUAAUUGUAUACAUGAAUGAUGGAGAUUAAUGUUUCUCACCUCAUUUCUCAAUCUUGUAUUCUUCUAGGAACUGAAAAUUUUGGUUGAUGGGUUAAAGGACUCGCAUUUGCGAGUUAUAUUUUUUUUAAGGAAUAAGAGUUAUAUUAAUGUUUAAAUUCGAUAUUCAUAACAUUUGACUUAAUUGUUGGUCAAAUUAAGUCGGUUUAUAUUGUCGUCGAACCAAAAAAUAAAGGUAGACGUAUUU